AUGAAGCUUUUUAAUUUGCUCUCCCUCGCUACCUCGGCGUUGGCUGCAACUACCUUCAGAAGAGGCAACAACAAAGGCGUCAACUGGGACUACGAAAACAAAUUGGUCCAGGGCGUCAACUUGGGCGGUUGGUUCGUUCUCGAGCCCUAUAUAACGCCGUCUCUCUUCAAGGACUGUGUGGGCACUGUCCCUGUGGAUGAAUACCACUACACUAAGUCUCUCGGCAAAGAUGAGGCCAAAAAGAGAUUGCAACAGCACUGGGAUACAUGGUACACUGAAGACGACUUCAAGGCCAUUGCUGACGCUGGCCUCAACACUGUGAGAAUUCCCAUUGGCUACUGGGCCUACGAUCUUUUGGACGACGACCCUUACGUCCAGGGUCAGGACUACUACUUGGAGAGGGCCAUUGGCUGGGCCCGCAAGCACGGCUUGGCUGUCUGGAUCGACUUGCACGGUGCUCCAGGCUCCCAGAACGGGUUUGACAACUCUGGCUUGAGAGACCAAAUUGAGUUUCAGACCGACGAGAACAUUGCCCUCACUCUUACUGCAUUGCAAAAGAUUUUCGACAAGUAUGGUGGCUCCGACUACGAAGAUGUUGUGAGCGGUAUCCAGCUCUUGAAUGAGCCUCUUGGUCCUUCUGCUGACAUGAACCAGCUCAAAAACUUCUACUACUGGGGCUACAACAACAUGAGAUCUGUUUCGUACAACAAUGUCAUUAUCCAUGAUGCUUUCAUGCAGACCGACGGCUACUGGGACAGUUUCAUGAACGUCAAGGACGGCUACUGGAAGGUUGUGCUUGAUCACCACCACUACCAGGUGUUCUCUGCCGGUGAACUUGCCAUGGACAUCAACAAGCACAUUGAGACUGCUUGCAGCUGGGGCCCCAAGCACCAGAAAGAGUAUCACUGGAAUGUGAUUGGUGAGUGGUCUGCUGCUCUCACUGACUGUGCAUUCUGGUUGAAUGGUGUUGGUCGUGGUGCUCGCUGGUCUGGUGACUACGACAACUCUCCAAAGUACGGCUCUUGUGAUCCAUACACCAGUGCUACCACCUGGACUGACGAACACAAGAAGAACGUGCGUAAGUACCUUGAGGCCCAACUUGACGCCUACUCGACCGCCAGCGGUUGGAUCUUCUGGAACUGGAAGUGUGAGGAUGCUGUGGACUGGGACAUGUCAGAGUUGAUCAAGAUCGGCGUUUUCCCCCAGCCAUUGAACGACAGACAGUAUCCUAACCAGUGCGUCUACUCCUAA